AUGUAUCGUCAAUUAGUGUCAGUACUUUCUCUUUUGGUGAUUAUUGACAAGUAUUCUUGUUCUUCUGGUGACGGGUGUUUUGGACUUUUCGAAAAGCUUAAAUGGAACAGGACAUUCAGUUUUAACAACAAAGUAUUGACACUCAAACUUGAAGUCACUGAUAAUCCGGGACAUUGGAUUGUAAAUUACCUAUUUGAGAUUUUAGCACGGGAACGAUUGGGAUAUACUAAAAUAGAGUUUGUUCCAGCUGAAGAUGGUGAUAUAAGGAAUUCUCUUAAAAGAAUUCAGUGUCCUGAUGCUCAAUGCGUUAAGUUGCCGGAAAUUCACCUUAAUUUACUGUUGUGGUUACCACUUGGUGGGGAUGUUAAAUUCUGGGCAAAACCUUCCUCUGUUACCGACCAUGGGCCUCUUGGACCAAUUCGUUCUUGGAGACUUUUAACACAAUCCUGUUACAACAAAUCCCAUAUGAGAGAAAAUUCAGACUAUAGUUCUGCAAAAUACGAAUGUAGCUCAACUGUUGAUACUGUUAAUCGAACUUAUCAAACGGAAACUUCACAAAAUUCAGAUUUGUUCAACAACCGUAGUUUACUCUCUGGGAAAUCAAUAACUAUUUUGGAUUUCGAAUUAAAUUCAACAUGUUUACGGUAUAAUUCUUACAGUAUUCCUCCACCGCCUUUAUGCAGUACUGAUACACGAUCUACCUCAACGAAUAGUUAUCAUUAUUGCCAUACUGAAUCUUAUCAAGCUGUUAAAGUUACAUGGGCUGAAUUACGAACAGCAGCUCCACAAAUUUUUCAACUUGCAUCUAAAAUGUAUAUGUCUAAUGAUGAAUUGGGAGAAUUGGUCCACUCAGCUUUACUGGACUCAAACAUAAAUCGUCAGUCAACGUAUAAACAGGUUGCAUGUCGGUGGCUUCGUCAAAAUCCGACUAAAUGGAAAAGUUGGACAGUGGAUUGGGACAAAAAGUUGAACUUAACAGUAGCUGGCCUGUUCAGUAUGUAUGGAAAAUGGGUACUUUAUGGUCUUGAUCGAGUGGCUCAAGAAGCUAUGAAUUUUGUCAACGCCGACUCAGAUUACUUUCGUAAUUCUGAAUAUGCAUUAAGUUUGGAUAUACGUAAUUUAACCUGUGAACCUGAUGUGGUGUUAAGUGAUUACUUCAAAGUAUUGGAAAAUGCUGUCAAUACUCGAUUGAUUGGUUCAAUAGCUGCUAUAUGCUCCGAUUCUAUAGAAGCUGUAGUUGAGUUGGCAAAUAUUCGCAAACAGAUUAUUGUUAGUCCAACUGUGGGUAGUGCACGUUUUCUGGAACAACAACAAUAUCAUUACUUCUUUCGUACAGUACCAUCAAUGACUUUGGCAAAUUUUAUACUACUUCGAUUAUUUCUAGUAUGGGGUUGGCAUCGAAUAGUUGUAUUUCGUAAAUCAGAUCAUUUUUUUGAACCUUUAUUAUUUCAAGCGAAAGGAAUUGAAAUUAUAGCUAACAUUGAAAUGGAUGAACAACAAUUAACUUAUAAACUUGCAAAAGAUACUUUAGAAGAAUUGAAGCAACAGAAUAGUCGUAUAUUCGUUGUCGAAUAUGAUGCACGUGGUACUUAUUUGAUACUCUGUGCAGCAUAUCAUGAAGGGAUGCAUUUUUCUGCUGGAUACGUUUGGUUUUUGAAUCCAUGGCUUUCUGAUCAGUGGUGGUCUGGAUUAGUUGAUCGAAAUACUGAGUGUAAUUUUAAUGAAAUGCUCAAUAUUACUUCAUGGACUUUCACUGUUGGACACCAAUUGUUAAUUGGUCCUAUGGUGCACAGUUUUAUUCCACGUACUAGUGAGUUUAUGGAUUCAGAUUCAGGAAAUAAUUCAAGUGGUUCAUCGAACAAAACUUCUCCAUCUGAGCAAACAAGGCGUAGACGCCAUGUUGGUGUUCAAUCACAAACGUUGGAAGUACCAUCUGUUUUAUCAAGAACUAAACAUAACCCUAAUCCAAAUGAUUUUGGGAAAUCUACAUUCAGCGAUCACUCAAAACGUAAAUUAAUCAAAGAUCCUCUUCACGAUUACACAGUGUACACUUAUGAUGCUGUCAUCUUGCUAGCGAGUGCUGUUGUUCAUCUUUUAAGAGACAAUCCUGCUGCUGCAUCUGCUCUAAAUCAUCCAGAUGUAUCUGAAACUCUCCGAACACUUGUCGCUCGUACCAAUUUUGGUUAUCGAUUCCAGACGGGCGAUUCAGCAACUGGACAGUCUAAUGAAAUGGAUGGACCUGUUGCAGGUAUCAAUGAUGAUAAUUUCGGUAUGGAUGCUGGAUUUCAACUUGCUGGUGACUAUUACGGUAUACGCAGUCAAAGUCCUGCUUCAGCAUCAAAUUUACGAUUUAAUGAUCACAAUGAACGUAUUGCUGAUUAUUGGUUAUUAAAACAAAGACAUUUAAAUACUACUGUACCUAUUAUAAUGUGGUCAACAAAAAGUUAUGAAGAGGUGCAUGAACAAGAUCAACAACAUCAGUCGUAUGAUCCAUUUAACCAUAUGGUCUCAUCAAAUAAUGUGUCAAAUAAGUAUGAUUGGAAAACAACCAAUGCUCCAUUUCUUUAUGAUGAAUUCCAAAAGCGAAUGACUGAACGUUGGUUAGAUCAUGUUAAUUGGCAUACCUUAGGUGGUCCACCGAAUGAUGGUUCUAUUAAUGAAGAAAAUUGCACGUUAUCAUUUCUUAGUAAUCAAUUACAUAUGGGUUGUACAGGUGCCACUGUAUUUGUAACUGUAACUGUUACUGUUGUAGUUCUAUUUCCAUUGAUUAUAUUUGCUCAUUUUUAUUAUCGACGUAAAUUGAAAGAAAUUGAAAAUCGAACACGAAAACCUUUUGAAGAAUUAUGUGCAGAACUAGCUGAUUUGGAUAUGCCUGCUGAAAAUAUUGUUUUGAAUCGUCGAGUCGGUCAAGGUGCUUUCGGUUUAGUGUUCGGUGGUGAAGCUAAAAAGAAUGAUUUAUGGGAAGCAGUUGCUGUAAAAGUGAUUAAUGAGAAAGCAACGUAUGAAGGGAAAAUCGAUUUUCUUUCUGAAGCAAAAUUAAUGCGUUCUUUAAAUCAUCCAAAUGUUGUUCGUUUAAUUGGUAUUUCUUUAAAUCCUAAAGCAAGUCUAUACUUGAUCAUGGAACUCAUGCUUCUUGGUGAUUUGAAAACCUAUUUAUUAUCCCGUCGAAUUUUAGCUCAAAGAUCACCGAACCAUGAAGAUAUACGACCAUCAACUCUCACACAGAUGAGUAUGGAUAUUGGUCAAGGUGUAGCCUACCUACAUAGUAAACAUUUAAUUCACCGUGAUAUAGCAUGUCGAAAUUGUCUUGUUGCUGCAGAUCGUACCGUGAAAAUCGGGGAUUUCGGUCUCACUAGACAAGCAGCUAAAAAUACUUCUGAGGUUUACUAUCGUUUCACAAGAAAUUGUGAACUGCCUAUUCGUUGGAUGUCACCUGAAGCUGUACAAUUCGGUGUUUUUAGUAUACAAUCUGAUAUUUGGUCAUUUGGUAUAACACUAUAUGAAAUUAUUACUUUUGGUGUAUUUCCUUACAAUGGUCUUGGAGAUGUAGAAGUUGUGGAACGUGUCAAGCGUAUGGAAUUUAGUAUUACUGAAUUUUUACCACCCCAAGCGUUAAAUACCGUCGUGUGUGAAUUGAUUAAUCACUGUUGUAAACAUCAAUGGCAACAUAGACCAUCAUCGAUGAAUCAAGUCUUGGAAGUAUUAGUAGCGUAUCCUGAUUGUAUUCGACCAUUCCUUACAGAUGAUCCACCUAAACCCAAUACAACAAUGGAUUCGUUACCCUUUCAACCAACGGUAGGCACAUGUAUAAUAUCAGAAUCUGCAAUGACUGGUCUUGCUGCAGUCGAUAGUUUUGGUGGUUUUCGUACAGUGCGUAGCGCUUCGACUGCAGCCGUCCCAAUAUCAUCAUGUUCACCUUCACCAGUCCCACUAAAUUUUCCUGAUGCUAAUGGUGAUAAAUAUUAUGGACGUGAAAAACGUCUCAGUGAACAAGCAAAUCUACGUGACAGUGCACUGUUCAGUCAUCAUACAAUUUUUGAUUGGCCUGAUAACUAUACUUCUCAUCCAUAUACAGAUAAUUCAGUUCACUCGAAAUUGGUUGAAUCUUAUCAACUUCCUAUGUUUUGUGACAGACAAUCGUUAUUCCAGUCAGUAGUGACAGAUGAAAGUAAAGAACCAAAUGUUGUGGAUAGAUCAGGUGAAUCGUCCAGUGUACCACCAGUAUUUGAUACUUAUACUACAUCGUUUGUUACACCUAAUUCUAAUACCACUAAUAAAUCUACCAAUGUUUUGUUCAAUCUCUCAACAAGUCCUAUUUCUAAAACUCCUAGUUAUCAAUCAGUCAAUGAAAAUACUCAAUUAUUUAUGAAAUCUCCUGAACUAACAACCGGUCAAUAUACAUAUUCAACUGGGAAUACUUUAAAUAUACGAAAACAAAAACGUUCAAAUAUUACAAUUAUAAACAAUUCAAAGUCGGAUAUUCCAGAUGAAUUGAAUAGUUUAUUAUCUAAUGAUCAACUCAAGUCAUCUGUAGAUGCUGACUCGAUUAUGAAUAUAGAAGAAUCAGAAAAACCACAUAUGUUGAUAACUGAGAAUAAAAAUUCAGAUAAACAAUUUUUUAUUGUUCCUAGAAACGAAUCCUCCAUGUCGAGUGUUUCCAGCAUCCCCCGAAAUCCUAUUCAUUCACGUAAUUUCAAUCGUUUGCGACCCACUUGUUCUCUGAUCAACUUGAUCUCAUCACGUUAUCCCAAACAUCACUUACAGAGUAAUAUUAAAUCUAAGCACUGUGUUUCAGUUGAUCAUUUCAGUUCGAUUAAAUCACAUAGUAAUAUUCAUGUUGGUAAUUUAAUUUUGCCUCCUACUUUAUUUACUUUCAAUUCUGAUUCAUUUAUUUCCCGGAGAAAGUAA